ACAUACAUAUGGUAUGCAUACGUGAGAAGGUGUUGUAUGUAUUGUGUGUAUACUCUACCUUAACCUUAAUUAUAAUGCUCACGGCUCAGUGUAUGUAAUUGAAAAGUUUAAGCGUGUAUACGAGUUCUAAGGAUAAUUAUUUCAAUAGCAAAGUGUUCGAAUUGAAUAAGACACUUUAUCAAACUGCUUAUCAGUCAUUUGUAGCUAUCUAAAACUUAAGCCAACGAUGUCAAAAAAGACGGGGCUUAGUCAAAAGAAUAAUCAAUCUACGAUAGUGGGAUUUUUGGCAAAGACAACGAAUAAAAAUAUUCUGCAGACUAGUACAUCAAAAUUAAUGACAGAAGAGGAAGCUGAUUUAAAUAUAAAAUUAUCAAAUCAUUCGUGUUUUAAUAAACAAAGGAGGAUAGCUGGAGACUCAGUAACAAUAGACACGAUAAUAAAUCUUGAUAAUUCAGACAGUUCAGACUCAUUUAAAACCAGUCCAUUUAAAACACGAUUAAAUACAGUUUGCUCUACAAUGAACUCGUAUCGUAAAAAUCCAACAGAGAAAAAAGAGAGGACUGAAAAAGAAUCAAAAUUUUCAAACCUAUUGCAAGAGAAUAGCGAUUAUGUGAAAACUCGUGUUAUUUCUGAAUCUUCUGACAGCGAGGAAGAUAAGAAAGGUGUUAGAAAAUGUUUGCAUUUAAAUGAAUAUCCAAAUAAAACAGAAAUAGAAGAAGAAGACGAGAAAAGGCAAGUUGUCGUUUCACAAACUGAUCAUUACACUAAAUGGAACAGUGAAUAUUUUCUUUCUAAUAGUGCAACUGUGUUGGAGAAAAAUAAUGAAAAACUUCACGACGACAAUGAUAAAAUGCCUAAAAAUACAGAAGAUAAGCAUUUAUGGACACCUAAAAAAUGUAAUACAGUAUCCAAUAAACAAGAGGAAAAUACUACAAUUUCAGAUUCUGAUAUAGAUAGCCCUAGCUUAAAGUAUAAUGGCAGCAGAUUAGCGAGAAAACAUUGGAUUGGUCCUGAUAUUAGAUUGAAUCUGAAAGAUUUAGGAUUAAAUAAACAGUUGGGUUCAUGGAUUGAAUUCAUUCAACAGAAACCUGUAAUGUCCACAAUACCUAUUACAAAAGACAAGUUGCUUGAAAGGCGUCAAGAUUUAAAGGAACUUCAACUUGAAAUUCUUGACAAAUUUUGUAUCGCGCUCGAGUUAAUUCCAUUACCAGUACUGGAACAAUUUCCAAAAUUUGACACAGAUUCUUUCAAAAAGUUGCAAGGUUUACAUCGACAUAUAAAAGCUAAAUUACGUUUAGUACAAACCAAGUUAUCCAAAUUAGAAAAAGAAGAUGAAAAGAAUGUAUCCGAGUCUCCAGAAACACCUGGAUCUGCAUCAUCAAAAUCAAUUGAAACACCAAUUUCGUGCAUGUUUGAGAGCCUCUUAACAAAUGAUUAUGACAAUUUUGAUGCAUCAUGUAUCUCGGUAUCUAAAACGACAGACUUUUGUCAAACUUUAUCAAAUGUAAUGGAUUCAUAUACAACAAAUGGAGUAAAGGAGUACGAUAUAACAUCCAAUAGGAUGGAACCUGUGUCAACAGUUAAGUCACCUGAAAUUACAGCUCCAAAUAAUAAGAAGAGUACUUUUCAAUUGAAAAGACCUGUCAAAACAGUAUUAGGCACUCAAGUUUCUAAAACAAUAGCAGAAAUGUGGGAAAAGGAUCAACAUAUAUCAAAGACAAUGAAUUCUUCAGUGGAUUCUGAUUGUGUCUUCGUUCGGAGGGAUUCGUUUAAUGACAGUAUUCAAACGUCAUUAUGUAAUGAAAAAAAAAUAUUUAUGAAUGAGCAAAGAGAUGUUAUCUUAGGUAGUCCAAAUAACAAGAUUAAUACAAAUAAAAGCACUCGUCAAAAAUGUACUACAAAAGUUGGAACCUUGACACAAGAGUUGGAACAAUUUCCACCUUUGGGAGAAAAUUGUAAUAUAGAUAUAAGUGAUGAUUUGACAGAUUGGCCACAGAAUAAUAUGGCACAAAACAGAAAGCACACUGAUGAUGAAGCAAAAUCAAAAUUUGAAAAAGAUAACGUCGAAUAUGGAAAAUUUACUGGUAAUUAUAAAAAUGAUGGUGUUAGUGGAGAAUUUGAUGGUUUAACAUAUUCACAUUCACAAGAAAUGUUAAAGAUAUUUCGGCAGAGAUUUGGUUUAUAUACUUUUAGGCCAAAUCAAUUGCAAGCUAUUAAUGCAACACUUUUGGGAUUUGAUUGCUUCGUUUUAAUGCCGACUGGAGGUGGAAAAUCCCUUUGUUAUCAAUUGCCUGCCCUUUUAAGUAUUGGAUUAACGGUCGUUAUCUCACCAUUGAAAAGUCUUAUUUUAGACCAAGUACAAAAACUUACUUCACUUGAUAUUCCUGCGACUCAUUUAUCCAGUUCCAUAACAGAUAAUCAAGCAGAAGCAAUAUAUAGGGAACUUUCUAAAAAAGAACCUGCUCUCAAAAUAUUAUAUGUAACACCAGAGAAAAUCUCUGCCUCGCAAAAAUUAUGCAAUACUCUGAGUAUUUUGUACGAGAGAGAAUUGUUGGCAAGAUUCGUUAUUGACGAAGCCCAUUGCGUUAGUCAAUGGGGUCAUGAUUUUAGACCAGAUUAUAAAAGAUUAAGAUGUCUGAGGAACAAUUAUCCCAAAGUGCCAACAAUGGCCUUGACUGCAACAGCUACACCGCGUGUUAGAACAGAUAUUUUGCAUCAAUUGGGUCUGACUAAUCCAAAAUGGUUUAUGUCAAGUUUCAAUAGACCUAAUUUGAGAUACAGUAUAAUAUCGAAGAAAGGAAAAAAUUGUUCUGAUGAAGUUGUGGCUAUGAUAAUGACAAAAUUUAAAAAUACUUGCGGAAUCGUAUAUUGCUUAUCGCGCAAGGAUUGCGAUGAUUACGCUGCACAUAUGAAGAAAAAUGGUAUUAAAGCUUUGAGUUAUCAUGCAGGACUCACAGAUGGUCAAAGAAGCACCUGUCAAGGAAAAUGGAUUUCCGAUGAGGUACAUGUUAUAUGCGCGACUAUAGCCUUUGGAAUGGGCAUUGAUAAACCCAACGUGCGCUUUGUAAUACAUGCAGCCUUACCAAAGUCCAUAGAAGGCUAUUAUCAAGAAAGUGGUCGCGCUGGUCGUGAUGGUGAAAUAGCAGAUUGCAUUCUAUUUUAUCAUUAUGCAGAUAUGCACAGAAUCAGAAAAAUGAUUGAAUUGGAUAAUCCAAAUCCACAAGUCAUUAGUACACACAUGGAUAAUUUAUUUAAAAUGGUAGCAUUUUGUGAAAAUACUACAGAUUGCCGUAGAUCACUACAGCUUAAUUAUUUUGGAGAGAUAUUUGAUAGGCAGCAAUGUAUCUCGAAUAAAGUAACUGCGUGUGAUAAUUGUAGAUGCAAGGGCGAGAUUACUAUGUUGGACGUUACUGAAGACGCAAAAGAGAUUAUGAAAGCUGUACGAGAUAUUAACAAUACAAAAAAAUGCAAACUUACAUUAGUAUUCUUGACAGAUAUAUUUAAGGGUAGUGAUCUGAAAAAGAUUAGAGAAUCAGGUCUUACAAAACAUCCUUUAUAUGGUCGCGGUAAAUCGUGGAAUAAAAGUGACAUAGAACGCCUUUUGCAUCAUAUGGUAUUGCAAGAGUAUUUACAAGAAAAUAUGUAUAUUAAUAAUGAAAUUGCUUGUGCAUACGUAAAAAUUGGACCAAAAGCGAGUGAACUUAUGACAAAAAAAGAUGUAAAGAUACAAAUCCCAACGCGACAAUCGAAUAAAUCUACAAGUGGUGUGGCUACAGUUUCAACAGUUACAAAGCAAGUCGAUGGUAUUAUAAAAGAAUUGCAAGAUCGUUGCUAUACCGAGUUAAUGACGAUAAUAAGGGGAAUCGCCGGUGCAUUGGAUGUUUCUGCUUCUUCUAUUAUGAAUAUGGUAGCUGUCAGAGCUAUGAGCCAGCGUUUACCAGAAACUGAGGAAACUAUGCUACAAAUACCACACGUCACUAAAGCUAACUUUGUUAAAUAUGGCAAAGCUCUUUUAAGCAUUACGCAGAAAUACGCGGCAGAAAAAACUGUAUUGUUAAAUGAAAAUAAUGAAGAACAGAAUAGUGAUGAUAAUGAUAAUACCUGGGAUGACGAUAAUUCCAAUUACUCUUACAGUAGUAGUACUACUAGCAAUCGUGGCAAGAAACGAAAGAUCAGCAAUAGAUCUAACAGUACUAAUAAAAAAUAUAAACGGGGUGGCUCUAGUGCAUGGAGGGGAAAAGGUUCGUCGAGAGGUUCAUCGAAAAGUUCAACAAAAUGUAACACAACUACAAAAAAGGUAGUAGGACUUGCAAGUUUCAGUCAAACAAAACAAUAUCUGGCAAAUCCUAACAGAUACAUGAACAUUGCUUAAUCAAUUGUUUUUUUCCGUUCAUAAUAAUUUAUUUACGCUACGAUAUUUGCAAUGUGCACACAAUGUAAACACAAUCCCUGUACGUAUCUUAGGAUACAUAUGUGGCAUCUGAAAUUCUCUAUAUGGCGUUUUAGUCAUCAUUUCAUUUUACCGAAUGUGUGAAACAAUUUGAUGAACAUUGCAAAAUUAUAUCAUAUUGUAUUCUAAGUAGUCACCAGACACGUAUGUGAAAUAAAACUUUUUGUAAUAAAACAUUUUUUGAGACAAA